AUGUCGCCCAUCCCCAUCACCAUCAUCACGGGCUUCCUCGGCUCCGGCAAGACGACGCUCAUCCUCAACCUCCUGCCGCAGCUCAAGGCGCAGAACCCGGACUACAAGCUCGCGCUGCUGAAGAACGAGUUUGGCGACCUCGCCGUCGACUCCCAGCUCGCCUCGUCGGCCGCCAUCUCGGGCGUCCAGGAGCUCCUCAAUGGCUGCAUCUGCUGCAACCUCGUCGGCCAGCUGAGCGUCGCCCUCGCCGACCUGCGCGCCCAGGUGCGCCCCGACCGCAUCGUCAUCGAGACGUCCGGCUCGGCCUUCCCCGCGACCCUCGCCCUCGAGAUCAACCGCCUCGCCCGCGAGACGGGCGGCCAGUACGUCCUCGACGGCGUCGUCUCCGUCCUCGACGUCGAGAACUGGCAGGGCUACGACGACACGAGCUACACGGCCCGCGUCCAGGCCCGCUACACCGACCUCAUCGUCCUCAACAAGUGGGAGGCCUGCGACGAGGACCGCCUCGACGAGGUCCGCGACCGCAUCGGCGACCUCGAGGUCGAGACGCCCGUCGUCAAGAGCAUCAAGGGCCGCGUCGACGUCGACCUCGUCUUUGGCGUCGACGGCGGCCUCGCGCAGACGCUGACCGACGACAAGCCGCACGCACACCAUGACGGCGACGCGCACGGCGACAACCACGACCACGCGCACGACCACCAGUCCGAGGUCGAGGUCCUCUCCGUCGAGCUCCGCGGCCCCGCGACCGGCGUCAAGGCUGACCGCCUGCUGUCGCUGCUCAAAACGGCCCCGAAAGACGAGGUCUACCGCAUCAAGGCCGUCCUCGACGUCGCCGGCACCGUCCGCGACUCGGACCAGGACGACGCCAACCCCACGCCCCCGCAGGACCGCACCCGCCAGAUCCUCAACUGGGCCUUUGGGCGCUGGACCUUUACGCCGCUCGCCGCCGGCGCCGCCGAGCACGCGUCCAGCGGCGACGUGCCGCUGCGCAUGACGCUCAUCCUGGCGCGCUGCGAGGCCAACAAGUGGCAGAAGAAGCUCGAGACCGGCUCGUUCCUCGAGCUCGCGGGCGACGAGACGGGCGCGCUCGUCGUCAAGAGGAUCCUGUGA